UAAUCAAUAUGAAGUAAGUCAUAAUGAUUACAGCAAGCUGAAACUUUUAACUGCUUCAAAAUAGUAUUUUAGAUGUUAGCUACCUUUUCUAUUGCAUAUUAGGAAAGAUGUUUCCUCUCUUUAAAAAAAUCUAUAAAGCAAAAGUACUUAAAAAUUUGUGUUGCUAGAGCAGCAGUUUUGGAACUUAUGUUUUUUGUAGAACGUUCCAAACAUUUGGAAACAGGUGCUCUGUGAUAGUUUUUCUUUGUGUAUUCAAGUGAGAUGAAAUUUGCCUUGCUUCAUUUCAAUGCUUCAUAUCUAAAGUUAUGCUAUAAAUUGCUGGAAUCUUGUUAAAGGAGAAGCUAAAAUAUUUUGCUUUGGAGGUAUUGAAUUUAUUUGGUACAUGAGAAUAAACAAAAGAUGAAAGUUACUAUGAGAGGUUAAGGAGAUUAACAGAGAAGCUGCUUGUUGUUAAACAAUGUAAGAGUUUUGCAUGGUAUAAGGUGUGAAAUUGUACAGAAAAUUGUUGGAUUUAAUGGGAAGUAGGUGCCUUUUCCUAAAUAGAAAAUGUAAAAUAGAAUAUAGUUUCAGAUAAGAUAUUAGAAUGCUUAUUUGUUUUAGCUCAUAUUAUCCUAUGUUAUAAGCAAUACAGCAUCUGGAAUUGUUAAAUCUAGCAUGUUUGAUGUUGUUUUGUAAUUGAUGCUUGUAUUGGUCAGGAGAUUUAGUUUUUUGUUUGUGAAUUUUGUAUCCAUCAUCAGAAGAACUGAUCUCAUCUCAUAUGUUCAUUUAUAAAAUAAUGCAGAAUCUGAUGUGAUCAGUAAGAUUCAUACAGAGACUCUCUAGUCAGAAAUUCUAGCAGAAGUGAAAUCCUGUAUUCUCUUUUUGGGUAAGCCUAGAAAACUCUCACCUUUUUCAGUUAUUAGUGUAAUGAGUGUAACUAACUCAAGGUGUUUAUACAUCUUAGUCCUUCAGAUUUGUUUCCACUUGCUUUGUAAGGUAUAUUUUGUUGGUGAAGUUAACAUAACUUUGGUGUACAUCAAAGCUUAAUGUUCAGUUAAGGAAUAAUCAGAUAUCCUGAGAAAAUUUAUAUUGUCCUUAGACUGCACAAAUAGAUUUUGCUAAUCAUGCCACCAUAAUGCAGAUGAAACAACGGAAAGAAAGACAAAGAAGAAACAGCAUGGAACCCUUAUUAGAAGAGGAAACGGUAAAAAAAGUAAAUGUAAAGUAUGACAAAUUGGAAAAACAGAAGCAAGGGGGGCCCGGUAUGGUGCUACGACGCAUCCUACUAGGGAUGUGCCUUAUCCAGUUUGCUAUCACUGCAUACUUAGCACUGUGCAUCUACAAUUCAGCCUAUUCAAGUGUGAAAGGAGUGAAAAAUAUGCCACAGAUAAAAGCUCAGCGCAACAAAGAUGGAACAGAUCGUAAACAGCCUGCUAAGAAAUAUGGGGAAUUUGACAUUGGGGAGAACCAGGCAGCGAUUGUCAUGGCUCAGCAAGAUGUCAAGCCUCAUGUUGUUCGCGAUUUUGAGGUGAAGUGGAAUGAUGCGGCCCAAGCAAAAUUGCUUGCCUCUGUAGAUAUUCCUGUGGUAGAAGUGUGGGGGAAAGCUGCAAUAGGAUCCUACUUAUGGCAACAUAUCCUGGAAGGUGAAGAAAGUUUAGAUGAAACAAUGCCUGGUGCUACUGUUGGGGAGUUGAGAAUGCCUGCAUUUGUACUCAGAUAUAGAUCAGGUCCUGGUGUCAUCCCAGAAACUGUACCACGUGAUGUAAAAUACCUCGUUCUGGUUGUAAAUGGUCGAACUCCAGAGAAGAUAAAGGAUGCAAAACAAUGGCUUGAUGAUUUGAAGAUGUGGGACAUGCCACCUGAAAUUAUGUUAAUUAUGCUGGGAAAUGAGAAGUGUGAUAACGAAUGGGUGCUCAAUUAUGUGUCACCAAAGGGUCCAGUUGUAACUGUUCUGCUGACCUAUGAUGACCCAAGAGUAGAUCAGAAGACUUUUUACCAGUGGCCUCUUGGUGUUGCAACAUACAGACAGUUUCCUGUCAUAGAAGAAGAACAGGUAUCUCCAGAGGCUCCUAGAAAAUAUGUAUGUAACCUGAGGGUAACACUUCAUCCUAACUCCUCUAGAAUAGCCCUUCAUAAGUUCCUGAAAAAUGAUGCCUAUGCUUCCAACAACUGUUUCAUAUCAGUCAGAGAAAAAUGGCUGCCAAAUGAAACCCCUGAAUCAAUGAAUGAGUAUGUUUGGUCUCUGUUGCAGUCGGAUCUCACACUUUCUCCUGCUGGGAUGAAUACAGAAACAUAUAGAGUAUAUGAGGCAAUGUCAGCUGGAAGUACACCUGUAAUAGAAGAUGUAGCAACCCCAGGUCAUUGUGACACAUCCCCAUGGAGGUUGUUAAAGAAACAUGGACCUCCAGCAAUCUUCGUCAAGUCGUGGGAACAGUUACCUAAAAUUCUCGCUAAGGAACGCAGAUUCAGCAAGCAGUACAAGGCUCUUCGUAGAUUACGUGUGUUCCAGUGGUAUGAGUGGUUCAAGCUUAAAAUGAGGGACAGGUUCAUCUCCAUUAUAUCAUCUAAUCUAAUACAACAUGGCUGAAGGAACAACAGACACUGUUUGGUUCUUACUUUGGAUUCUCUCUCUCUACUUUUUGUUAAUUGGUAGUGAGAUUUUUACCUAGUCUGUAAAUGCUUUUAUGUGACAUUGAAGUAUUUUAAUGGUUUCUUGUGUCAAGAAACUACAGUUAUGAAUUAUGUUAAAAAUAAUAGAAUGUGUUGGGGGAAAUUUAAGAAUGCAGGUACUGUGGUGCCAUACAAGUUAUGUUCAAAGUAAUUAUGCUGUAUCUCAUUCUUUUUGCAUAGUCAAAGUAAUUAUGCUGUA